AUGGAAUUGUUCGUAUUUUUUAUAAUAGCAAAAAAGAAAAGAAAGUGAGAGAGAAUGAGAGAUUAUUAGUAGCAAGCAAGUCGUAUAUGGACAUAUAAGAGCCAAGUGCAAGCACAGAGCAACACACCCACAAAGACAUAGCGAUGGAGGCAGCUAUAGUUUUAUACCCAUCGCCACCAAUAGGCCACUUGGUCGCCAUGGUAGAGCUUGGCCAGCUCAUUCUCACUCGCCAUCCUUCUCUCAGCAUCCACAUCCUCAUCACCACCCCGCCCUACAGAGCCGAUGACACCGCCAAAUAUAUUGCCUCCGUCUCCACCACCAACCCCUCCCUCAUCUUCCACCACCUCUCCACCGUCUCUCUUCCUCCCUCCCUCACUUCCUCCUCCAACCACGAAUCCCUAACCUUAGAAAUCCUCCGCCUUAACAACCCCAACGUGCGCCAAGCCCUCCUCUCCAUCUCCACCAACUUCUCCGUCCGUGCUUUUGUCCUGGACUUCUUCUGCGCUAUCGGGCUCUCGGUCGCCGCCGACCUCAACAUCCCCGGCUACUUCUUCUUCACCUCUGGCGCUGCCUGCCUCGCCGCCUUCCUCUACUUCCCCACUCUUCACACCACCACCGACAAGAGCUUCAAAGAUCUCAACGCCCUUAUCAGCAUCCCAGGAGUGCCGCCGGUGCCUUCCUCUGAUAUGGCAAAGCCAAUUCUUGAUCGCAACGACAUGGCGUAUCAAUGUUUCCUAGAGAACUCAAAGCAAUUCCCCAAAUCAGCUGGGAUUAUGAUAAACACGUAUGAAUCUCUCGAGCCCAGAGCCAUCAGAGCAUUAUCCGAUGGGCUGUGCUUGCCUGAAAAUGUUCCCACGCCGCCAAUGUACUGCAUAGGACCGUUAAUUAUUGCUCACAAUAAAAAAGGUGGCGGCGGCGAUGAUGUGCCGGAGUGUUUGACUUGGCUUGAUUCACAACCAAGCGGAAGCGUGGUGUUCCUCUGCUUCGGAAGUUUGGGAUUGUUUUCAAAAAAGCAGUUGCAGGAGAUAGCCAUUGGGUUGGAGAGGAGCGGUCAGAGGUUUCUGUGGGUGGUCCGCAACCCGCCUGCUGAAAACAACAGCGGUGUUGCCAUCACGGAGCAACAGGACCCGGAGUUGGAGUCUCUGCUUCCGGAUGGGUUCUUGGGUAGGACCAAGAACAGGGGGCUGGUGGUGAAGUCGUGGGCCCCACAAGUGGCGGUGUUGAAUCACGAGUCAGUAGGCGGGUUCGUGUGUCACUGCGGGUGGAACUCGGUGUUGGAGGCGGUAUGUGCUGGGGUGCCGAUUGUGGCUUGGCCGCUGUACGCGGAGCAGAGAUUUAAUAGGAUCGUUAUGGUGGAGGAGAUCAAAAUUGCUUUGCCGAUGGAGGAGUCAGAGGACGGGUUUGUGAGUUGUGAUGUGGUGGAGAAGCGAGUUAGAGAGUUGAUGGACCCGGAGGAAGGCGACUCAGUGAGGAAGCGGACCAAGGCUCUGCAGAGUGAAGCCCAUGCUGCACUGAGUGAGGGCGGGUCGUCUCGGGUCGCGUUAACGGAACUGUUUGAAAAAUGGAACCAAUUAGGCUAAAAAGUUUAGUUCAGUUCAGAAUUCAGAUAGAUAUGAUCCAUUUUAUACCCUCUCUUUUAGCCUUAUCUGUUGUUGUAAAGCCCUCAUGGUCAUGAGUCAUGACUCAUGACGGGUGGGGGUGUGUCGCAUUCAACAUGACUUGAGGGAGGAAUGUAACUCUGCUGCUGCUGAUAUGCUUACUUUUAUUGGGAUCUCCGAGAUUUUGGGUCUCCAUCUUCCCCCUGUUGUUGUGAGCCUGUGAGACAAUUAAUGUUUAAUGAGUUUUUAGUUCAAUUA